AAGCUAUCUAGAGUUUGGUCAAGGCCCAGGACGCUUUCGAUCAUCGACCCUGUGGGUUUGAGCGGCAUGGCCUUGGCAAACCCCACCAAGAACCGGCCUCCCUUAUACAAGUUAUAGGAAGCUGAAAGGAAAGAGACAAGCUGAUUGGCAUUGGAGAAAGGGCAAUCAGCUAGCUUCGCACCAGUCAGUUGCCGCUAGUUCUCUCCUCCCUCUGCGCAACCAAUAAGUCCUAUAGCAGCAUCACAUAGUUUCUCAAUUGUCCUCCAUGCACGACGUUCUGCAUUUUCCUGCAUUAUGGAUUGGAACGGCAAACCACCCGAUCAUGAGACGGCCGAUGUCGAGGCGCCCCCCCCCAAGCGCAAGCACUACGUGCUCGUAGUCCACGGAACGUUUAACGCGCCGAAACAGGGGCCUGGAGGGGAGUUUCUAGACCUGCAUCAGAAAUGGUGGGCCCCAGGCGGAGCCACGAGAAGCGGGCUCCCAUUCUGCGAGAAGUUGAGAGAAGCGCUCGACAAGAAUGUUACGCAAGGGCGCGGGGGGAUCCCUGGGGAUGCAGUCUGGGGGGACAUUUCUGAUCCAGAUAUUGAGGAGGUCACUGAGCCCUUCUUUUGGGCGGCGAAGAACUCGGAUGCAAGCCGAGAAGAAGGCGCGCAAAAACUGGCGGAGCGGAUUAUGAAGAUCAGAAAAGCGCAGCCGGGGGCGCUUGUGCAUUUGAUCGCGCACAGCCACGGCGGAAACGUCGUGCUGAGGGCGGUUGAAAUUAUUCUUGGUGAGAUCGGGGAGGAGGGCGUCAAGCAGGUCUUUGUUGGUGUAAAGAAGCCCUCAUGUUGGAGGUGGCUCUGCAGUAGCUCCCGCACGGCGGCAGCAAAUCGAAUGGCGGCGAUUUCGGACGGUCCGAAAACGGGCGUUGUUGCCGAGUUUCUGGAAGGGUUUGGGGGUGAACUAGCGGAGCAACUGAGCCCCCUCGACCAGGAUGAUCUCGUGCGAAUGCACUACCCGUCUCUCUCCGACGCAAACCCCUUGGGGCGGUUAGUCUUCCUCGGAACCCCCUUCCUGACCAAACGCGAGACGCCGAACCCGGAAUCGACGAUUGCAGCGCUUUGGUUUGCUACAAUCAUGCUGACGAGUUGGGGGAUCAGUCUCAGCAUUACUGGCUGGAAUGACAGCAGAGCGUGGCACAUUGUCGGCUAUCUCUGUGUGGUCCUCGGGUUCUGCAUGGCAAUCUUCCUGGACACGUUUCAGGGGAAGAUCGACCCACUCAAACCUUACCGGCCCAACGCGCACGUCGCGGGAAACAUUUACCAUCUGACGAAACAGCCAUGGUCUGCCGAGAUGGCGGUCCUCGUUGUGCAUUCCGGAAUUCUGGACGAAGCAAACUUCGCCCUCCGGAGCACGGCACCGCUCGUGCGUGCGUACAUUGUGCCCGAAGUCGCCCAAAGCUUCAACUUGCAACCUUGGAAGACCCUCCCGGCCGACAUCCGCCGGGCGACCACGCUUCGCCACUUGCCGGUCCCGACCAACUGCUGCCUGCCCUACAAGCGAAAAGCGCCCAUCUUCAAUUUUGAAAUCAUGGUCUUGACGAUCCUGAUCGCGAUCCUCUCGUUUUUCCUGCGCCUCGUGCUGCUUCCCGUGGUUUACUUGGCGAAGCGGUUUCUGAUAAGCGGCCUCCAAAAAGUUUUGGUACACGUGGUGUUGGGCACGGGGAGCGCCGAGAAGGGCGUGUCUAGUGCUCGGGUGACCGUUUCCGAGACGCUAAGACUGGAGCAGCUAGUGGAGAACGGGCCCGGGGGGUCUGUUCCUGAGGGAAAUCGACCCCCCGAGAGAAAAUCUCCGGUCGUGCACUGGAACGUGCACAACUUGAUUCUGAACCACGACACGGCGUUCGGGACCCGCAGCCAGAAAGCGCCCCGGUUCGAUUUUCUAAUAGAGCCUCAGAGGCUCACGCCAGCCGGUUCGGUUGGAGAAGCGGGGAUUAGGGAGGCGGGGCGCGACUCGGAUAAUUCUGUCGUCGGGACUCUGCUGAAAGCGGGGUGUUUUGACGGGUUGGAAGAGUCCGAAACGCAAGAGCUUAUGCUCAUUGCCCAGAUGCUGGAGGAGAGGCAGAAGGAGAUUACCGGCCAAGUGGAGGUGCGCCAUAGCUUAUACUACUCCAAAUUGGAGAUAGUGGAGGCGAUGGCCGAAUUCUUGCAGGCAGGGGCGGGGGAUAGUCUGCACGCGAUGCUCGCGGGCUUCGACCAAAGCUUGAAAAAGGCGGGCAAGCAUUGACCGCUACGGUGUAACUUUGCAUAGACCGCCGUUUUUGAUAGAGGAAGUCAGGAAUUGUUCAUAAGCUGAGCUUAUCUGCUUGUGCCACACUCGAUGGGAUUGAGUAGGCAAAGGUCGCGCAUGGUUGACUGCGAAGCAGCCGCCGACGUAAUAUAGUAGUAAUAAACGUCUUCCAUUGUUAUUCAAGCUUUGCUUAAGAUUCAUGAAAGCAGAUUGUGUUAAGAACCGUUUGUACCAUUGACAGCGCGUAUAUACGGAGUGUUACCUGAUCAUUUUCAAACUCGCUUGUUCCGGAGGGAG